AUGAGUUCAUUUAAUUCUAACCCAAAUCCGGCGAAUACUCAAAACUUGUCCAGUUUUCAAUUCCAACCCCCUAAAGAAGACGUUAUAUUUGAUCCACAUCAAAUGCUGCUAUCGGUACCGCAGCUGAGGUAUUACGCUUCAUCAUUGAUGCAACAACCGCAACAACAGCAACCACAAUCGCAAGCUUCUCAGCAGCAGCAACAACAACAACAACAACAACAACAACCGUUCUUGAUGAACAUACCUCCAGCAUUUACCCAAUCUCAACCUCAACAAAUGGUUUAUGCCAUGCCACCACUUCAAACCCAACAAUCGUCUUCAUCAACAGCAACAACAAAUAAUGUAGUUCCAUCUCACCAUUUCAAUCAACAGCAACAGCUGCAACAAUACCAACAAUUGCAACCCCAACAGAAUAAUAUGCAGUUUUUUGAUAACGCCAUACCUAAUUAUUUAAUUAUGAAUCAAACUAUAUCCCCAAGUCAAACACAAACAACUACUCAACCAAAUGUUCCUUACUACAAUUAUUCUACCCAACCCCAGUUACAACUGGCUCAACCCAUACCACAUAGUCAACCACAACCACAGCCACAACCACAACCAACACAACAAAGAUCCAAUAGAAGUAGACCGCAAUCAAGCUUUUCUAAACCUAGAGGUAGCAGGUCAACUGGGAUCAAAAAACAGUCACCAAUCACACUGGGCAGUACUGGUACUGGCCCUGCUCGAAAUACUGGUGCAGGUAUAACAGCAAUUGCUAAUAGCACUAUCAGCACUAACAAUAACAACAAAUUGUCUGUUUCCGCACCAGUAAAUGUAAUAUAUGCCAAUCUUCCUGAGAGACUUCAACAAGUAUUACCGGCACCGCCGUUAUCACGCGCACCCGUAAGGCCUGAUGUAACGGUCAAUUUGACAUCAAAACGAGCCAAAAGAAAAUCGAAAUUCACUCCAGAACAAGAUGACAUGAUUGUUAGUUUGAAGAAAAAGGGGAAAUCAUGGGUGGAAAUUGCCGAAAUCACUGGUGUGGGAUCAUAUUUAGCUGCACGGAAUCGUUUUCAAGUUAUUGUGGGUCAACAAGGAAAUAACAAUUCAAGUGCUUGGGAUAAUACUGAUAAAUUGUUUUUAAAUCAAUUAUUGGAUGCUGGAGAAAUAGAAAAAUGGAGAUUUAUAUGCUGUGAAUUGAAUAAACUGACCAAUAAAAAUUUCACCGAUUAUGAAUGUCGAGAAAUGAUUCGUCAGUUGUUUUGGAUGAAUCCUGCUAGUUUUGGAGUUAAUGAGGAGACUAUUAUUGAGUCCCAAAAGGAAAAGAAAUUGACUGAGAAAACAAUUGAACAACGUGAGCAACAACGUAAAAAGAGAGCUUCUGCUAGUCAUUCUUCCCCUGAUUCAGCUUCCGUGAAUACUACUGCUACUACUACUACUACUACUACUACUACUACUAAUAAUAAUAAUAAUCUUCAACCUGAAGUUAAAUAUAUUGAUCCUCAGUAUAAAAAUUAUCAAAACCAAUUGAUGCCAAGUCAGAAUACUGGAUCUAAUGCUACCAAGAUUUCCUCAACUACACCACCACCCCCACCACAAUCAUUACUGAAUAAUAUCAAUACGAUCAAUAAAAAUAUUGCAUCGUCAUCACUUGGUAAUGCAUCUUUUCCUCAAGAACAACAAUCAUUACAUUCAAACCAACAUCAUCAUAACCAGCAUCACCAACAUCCACUUCUCCAUCAUCAUCAAUACCAGCAGCAAUCUUCAUUACCUCCACCAACAACUAUCUCAUCUACAAUUCCCACAUCUUCACUUAGCAUGCAACAACAGCAACAGCAACAACAACAACAACAACAACAACAACAACAGUUGUAUAAUAAACAAUUUUACUAA